GACUUGUUUAUUUUUUAGCGCUGAAGGCUCGAUAACAAAAUAUUUAUAUUCAUUUUUGAAGCUUUGUACGUCAGACAUUCUAAAUGUCUCGGGUGCGACAAUUACCAAGUGCUAAAUAUGAAUUACUUUCAGAAAAAAAGAGGUCAAAUGUUUGGUCUUUUCUGGGAAUAGUGGCAUCAGUCGUGAUUAUCAUUUUAGUCACUUCUUUUGCCACAUACUUUUCCUGGAAAAUUAUGAAGACCUCACAUGCUAGAAGAAUUGUAAUAAACAUGGAAGAGUUUAGUAAGAAUAAUUCAGUUCAACUGCCGUCAUGGAAACACAGGUUAGAAGCAUAUGGAGCUGCCUUAAAGCAAAGUAAGACUGGACAGAAUCAUACCGUGGAUGCACAACUGAAUAUCACUUCAGUUCAACAGAAGCCCGUCGAAGGUGAUGGUUACAAGCUCGUGUGUUACUAUUCAAUGCCAAGCAGCGAAAAUUCAUCGACGGAACUCAUGCCAGAAAGUAUUGAUCCUUUUUUAUGCACUCACAUAAUUAUAGCUGCUGCAUCAGUGGAAAACUGUUCGGUGGCACCAAGUCCAGAAGACACAGAUAUUUACAAACGUGUAGUAGCUCUAAAAACUAAUAAUCAAGAAUUGAAAGUAAUGUUGAGCAUUGGGGGCAUUGCUACUGCUGGUGGUUUUGGUGAUACGGUAGCAUCACCAGAACAACGAAAAAAAUUCAUACACGACUUACUGGCACUGUUGACCAAGUGCAGUUUGGAUGGUGUUGAUUUUGAUUGGGAAUUUCCAGCGUGGGAAUCAGACCCAUCAGAGCGACAGCACUUUACUGAAUUUCUGAGCGAGUUGCGGCAAGAGAUUGUGAAGAAGAAACUGGAGCUGCUCGUUAGCGUGGCCGUUGCGGCCCCUAAACCCAUUGUCGAUGUGGCCUAUGAUGUUCCUCAGAUGGCCCAGUCCGUAGACUUCAUCAGUAUCAUGACAUAUGAUUAUCAUUUUUAUAUCUGGUAUCUACCAGUGACUGGAUAUAAUGCACCACUUUAUCCACAGAUGGGAGAUGAAGGGUACUUUCUGACAUUGAAUAUAAACUGGUCAGUUAACUACUGGAUGCUAAAAGGAAUGCCAAAAGAGAAAAUUAUGAUUGGUUUGCCAACAUAUGGACACACGUUCUCGUUAUUGAAUCCAAACAACCACAAUUUACGUGCACCAGCAACUGGGAUUGGUUCAGUUGGAAGUAAUGGAUAUAUUUCCUAUGAUCAGGUGUGCUGGUUUCUCAAGAAUGGAGAUGCCUCAGUGGUUUUUGAUGGAAACAGUAGAGUCCCAUAUGCAUUUAACACCAAAGACUGGAUUUCAUAUGAAAAUGAACAGAGUCUAGCCUAUAAGGCCGAGUAUAUUGUGAAUGGAGAAUUUGCAGGAGCAAUGGUGUUCUCAUUAUCGACUGAUGACUUCCAAGGUCAUUGUUCUGGAGGCAAUGUGAAGUUCCCUCUGACAAGGCAUAUUAAACUUGUUCUCACUGAUGAUGAGUUAUGACAGGUGGAAAAAAGCUUGUCCAAAGCUUUGGGUAUGUGAAAACGCUUAGGUAUGCCCCAUUGGAAACUUUUGUUGAACAGUUUGUAAUAAAUAUUACAAAUGCCUGCAUGGGAGUUCUUGAAUUGAGAACUUUACAGUGGCCAAGUUCAUAAAACUUUUACAGUGGUACUUAAAUGAAAAAAAAAUAUUUCAGCUUUUAAAAAGGAAUAUUUACUCUACUUAAAGCAUAAAAAUGGAUACUGUAAUAUUUAUCACAGUCUGUUUUAUAUUGUGAACAGCAGCCCUCUGUUUUCAUGCAUUUUAUUUUAAAAUUUGGACGUUUUUGCGUCCUUAAAUGAUGUGGUAAUUAUUUUUUUAUGUUAUGUUGUAACUCUACCGCUAAUUAAGUUUUUUGAGGCAGCUUCUAAAAUGAGUGUUAUGUUACCUUGUGUCCAAAAAUGCAAUAUGCAUCCAGGAUUAAAUUUCAUAACCCCGUGCACAGUAAGUUGGCAAGUAUUAUAAAUUUGAUGUUACCAAGAUCAGAGAUUAAUUUACAGAGUUCUAGUUACUAUCCAACUCUGUGUUAUGUAAUAUAUCACUUAAUCUCACUCAAGCAUCCAAGAUUUCUAACAGUUUACCAUUACUCUAAACUACUAACAUUUCAGUGUCUUGCAUUACCAUUAGUCUAUGAUUUACUGGUUUGGUAAUUAAAUUAUUAAAGUGUAUAAGUUAGGACAGAAAUACUUUGAUUUUUAUUAAAGUACCUUGUCAUACUGGCAUUUUAAGGUGUGGUAAAAUAAACAUUUGUGGUUUAAGUGGUUUACAGCCCUAUGUAGUCAUUUAGCAUUGGUCAGAAAACUUUUGAACAUUGGCAAUUUAAAUGUUAUUCGUAAACAAUGAUCCUACUACUAUAACAUAGCAUGUUUUGUAAUGACAUUUUGACUCCCAAGGAAGUUGAACAGUUCGGGCAUAUUAAACGAUACUGAAUUCAGAAAUGUUCCUCGUUGACCACAUGUUUCUCGAGACAAACUUGUUUCCCCCACAAUGCAUUCCAUCGCAUCUACAUCUAACCAGUUCACGCCCAUCCUUCUCUAAUGACCUCUAUGCUCUUGCUCAGUUAGUCAAGCAAAAUCUUUGCAAGUUAAUCAGGAGUAAUACUUUCCUGUGUCAAAAGUCACAACUGUGAACGCAGGUCUAAUUCAUUAUUUCUGUAUAGCCCUUGACAUUCUACUUGUUGCCAUUGAAUCAAACUUCACUUUACCCCUAAAAUCAAAUUAUACAUCUAAUUGGAACUUUAAAAUUGUAACCUUUAAAAAUUUGAACAAUCAAUUUCUGUUUCACCAAGAUGUAUGGCACAUUUUUUACCAAAAUGGAUGGCAGCAAAGAGAACUGUAGAGACUGGGCAUUAUGAAAUCCUCAAUUAGUGCAUUUGGUGUUCUUGGGCCAUACUUUGAAGAUCAUACUGGUCAUUCAUUUCUCAUUUGUAUUUUUGAGUUUCCCAACUGCAGACUUCAAUGGCAGUUGUAUGAAGAACGUUUCUGCUACUUUUCAUGUCUUAUUUCCAAGACUGUGAAUGGUCUCCAUGUUCGCUUGUUGUGUUAGCAUGUAGAAUAUAUGUGCUCAUGUAAAUCACGCUGUGUAAACAAGUUACAUUCAAGAAGAAAUUUAAGUAUACUGGUGCAUACUCAAUCACAAUAGACUUCAAUUCUCACCAACAACUAAAGCACAUAGAGUUGGGACUGGUUAUUGUACUAGUAGGCAGUGGAGUAUUUAAAUUGAUGAUGCAUAUUUAGGUUUAAAGCACAAGCAUGGAGUCCAAAAAGAUUACAUAAUUAGAUUUGCAACAUAUUGGAUCUACUCCAAACCCAGUAGGUUACAAAUUCUGCUUGAGUUGGACUCCAGAUGAUUAAUCGGCACAGGAAUGGAACCACGUUCUAGUACAUGGACACAAAGAGUGUGUUUUGAUGUGUUAAUGACCAGUAUUGUCAAUUUCUAAGCCCAUGUAUAGAAAAGUUAUUUUCUCAAAAAAGAGCAGUGGUUAACAAAACUGUUACAUGAUAAUGUGAUGCAAUUUCAGUUAUGUGCAUUAUGAGCAUAACAAUACAAUGACAGUGAUAGUUAUGUAUCACUCGUAUGACUUGAAGGUUAAAUAAAAUUUGGAUACAUACACAGCAAACACACAAGAAAUAUUAUAAAGGGGUCUAUCCCUUAAUGAAAAUUGUACUUAAAACAUUAACAAAAAAUUGAUAUGUUUUUAAAAUAUGUGAACCACAGAGAUUAUCCUGCGUGUGUGUAUGUAUCAUCCAGGGAAAAAACUGGAACUCCUAAAGAUACUCUAAAAUAGCUGUCGCAGUAGGGAUCAAAAAACAAUGAUCAAUAGACAUGUAGUUAACUCAGUUAACUGUUUAAGCAGCGAACCAAGAAGUAUUAAACAGCAAUUCACAAGGGCAACUCGAGAGGUUGCCAUGGCAGAGAAAAAGCAGAAAGUAUUUGCAUUGACAGCCACGCGAGCCUAAACAACACUUAGCCAAACUGAAAUUGAUAAACGUGGAAACGAAAAAAAAUUUAGACAAGAGACAAGGACACUUACGUUAGGGACAUGUCCACCACAUGCCAGACUGCAAACUAAGUUCGACUUACGGCGCUGCCAUAACGUACCUCAGCGUGACCUCUGGACCCACAUAAGACUAUAUUACUACUAAUCUGAAUCCAAGCUGCUUUUUAUAAGCAAACAUGACACUCAGUGACUUGAUGUAAGCUUUUGGACAUACGACAUUGCUAAACACAUGUAUGUCUGUAGAAGAAAACUACAAAAACCCAAAAGAAAAAAUCACAAAUUAAGAAAAAAAUUGCUGUUGGCAACAGGAUCUAAACACCACAUAAUAUUCCAUAACAGGAAUAUGGUCAACAAACAUAGAAAAACAAAAAAAAUGGACUAACAGAACACUAGUACGUAUGCGCUAAGACAGAAGAGGAGAGGGGAAGGACAGAGGGUCGGGGGGGGAACCACAAAGAGGACAGCGAAACACCUCUAAGGACACAUUUUAUAUCUUUGGUACUUUGCGCCUGGUGCAGAUUUAUUAAACCUUGUUUUGGAUGAAAGUAAAAGAUUGAGCGAAAAUCUGAAAUUAAACUUCUUCAAACUUUAACGUAACUAGAAAAGUACUAUGUAAAAUGUGAAAAAAACAUUUAAGCUUAAAAGACAGUUCUGAUGCUCAUAAGCAUACAUGGCUUCUGGGGCAAAGAACUACGUGAUAAGUGUGUAGAAGAUGCAGCAGGGUAAGCUAUCGUCAAACAUUCAGCAAGCAUCAAACUGUACCUGAAGUCUUAAAAGUGUGUGUUUAAUUAAGAAUUUACACAACCAGCCAAAGUACAAGCUAUAGCUGUUUCAAUAUAAAAGAAUUCUCUAAGAUAAUGGAACUUUAACUCAAUAGAUACAGGAUAAAAUUAUAUUAUGUGGUUAUUGUUAUAUGAUUAUUUAUAGAUAAAGCUAAACUGUAUACGUUUACAGCUCUAAUAAAACUAUGAGCAGUAAUACAUGGAGAUUAUAGAAUGCUGCCCAAUCACUCAAAACUGGACGAGAUUUACUUUGUCUUUACAAAAUUUUCCAUCGACCACUAAGCAAAAGUGAAAGAAGUGGAAGACGAGAAAGCAAGGAGUAACAUACCAAAAACAUGAAAAUAAUACAAGUGCCUCCAGGAGGAACUGCGGGAAAUCAUGGCAGUCAUUUACAACGGUGUGCAGCCCGUAAACACAAGUAACCCAGACGUAAAAUUGUCAGUGGUGGCUGGAACAGAAAAUUUAGAGAAAGAGACAUAAGUCCAAACCACAUACUCAAGGUGUGGCCACUACACACCAACAGUGAAACUCUCAAGUUAAUAAUUUGCCACAACUCACCCGAAGAACCUCGCUGGGACAAAGUGUUGCGUCUUUCUCAUAGACGACGACGUGCGGGCUGAGACAGCUAAGCCCGCUUCUUAUGUACCCAAAAAUAUCAAUUGUGUGCAUGCGGUGGAAGAAUAGAGGAGGAACAAGAUAAGUCGAGUGGGGAAGGAGAGGGGAAAACUCAAGUGCCAUGGUAUCUUCCUAAUUUUUGCACAGCUCAAAUUCAAACUAAUUCCAUUGAAUGUCCUGCAAAAAGUCAGCCAAAGUGUAGAGAUGUAGGUAUUUCAUAUGUAUAAAUUUACCUACAAACAUUAUGUAUCACCAUUUUGUUUGUUAUUAUUCAGUUAUCUGUAAGUGUGUUGAUUUUUAAGUUCUUAACCGUGUAAUUGUUUCUGCUCUAUUCUGUAUAUAACUUUGUGGUACAACCUUAAUUAGGAUUCUGAAUUUCUUUUCUGGGAACAAACUGCAUCUAUAACAUGAAAAUGUAUCCUCUACUGUGUCCUUGGAUGCAGUGGUCACUAGCGAAUCAUGAGCUCAGUCCCAAUAUCCUGGCAUGGCUCAGAAUUAUGAAAACUGAGUUAGCUCCCAAGUGGUUCAAAGCCCAUUAUAAUAUUGGCAGUUGCAUAGCUUCUGUGUAUAACCGUGUGAUAUAUAACCUAACCAAACCAAACUCUAUCAUUUGUUCAUUCAGAUUUUGAAUGAUUAAUUUUAAGUAAAAGUAGGGGGGCUGCCUAUAUCCCAAUUAUACCAUUUAUAAGAGCUUUAAUUAAGCAUCCACAUAUUCUUAUAAUUGCUAAAUCUUAAUGGUGUUGUAUAUACUGGUGCUGUACAUUGUUGUAAAUUGAUUAUUAUUGUAGUAAUAUAUGGAGGAAUUAUCAGCAUGUGUGGUAUUUCACUUUUACCAAAGUAAAAGGUGUUCGUGGUUCAGGGUGUCCACACAAAUCUUUGAUAAAAUUUCUCUGGCUUUUCCUAAUGAGAAUUUCAAAUUUCAAAUUUCCAUACCUUUUUUAUUUUUAUAAUAUAUGUAUUUUGCAGUUUUCUGAAAGCAACAAAGAAAAUCCUACUUCCACCAUCUCCAUAUGCAUCAUAGAAUUAUAAAAUGAAAAUUAUUACAAACUUUCAUUAGCCAUUUUAUAGUGUUCAUGACUACCCUCUUGUCGCAUAAUCGUUGCACGCGCAUAAUCGUCGCACCUAUAUUUUAGGGCGUCAAAAUUUGGAUUAAAAAAACUCGCGUAAACGUCACAUGAUGUUUUUGGUCCCGCUAUUAGAUUCCUAGUGCUUUGUGUGGGUAUUUAUUCCGUAUAAAACAAUGUAUUUUAAAGUAGAAAUAUAAUAUCUAUCAAGCCAUUACUCCUUACUUAUUUAACGGAUAUACGAAGUUGUCUGAUGUGUACAUUUUCUUUUAAAGACGUUUUUAAACGUUAUAACCUUUAUCUGUUCGUUUGCGUCGCCGCAGUGUUACCACUUACAAAAAUGUAGCCAGCGCUAGUUGGCGUCAUUCAUGUUUGAUUAUGUUGCUUCCCGUAUAGAGCGCGCACACGUAGUCGAAUAUCAAUAUCUUGCCGAUUGCAUGCAAUGCGCGCACUCUGUCGGGUGCCGAGUUAACUACAUCUGAUGGCCCACACUCUUUCAUGGUAAGUGUGUACUACGACGAUAGUUAUGCGUUCGUUCAGGCUCACAUUCUGGUCACAGAUUUUGUUUUUCUAUUUAAAGUUGAAGAAAUAUUUUUGUUGCAUAACUUAUUAAUUUAAAUUGUUUAGUGUGCUCUUUUAUACUUCAUUUUUAAAUAAAUGUACUUUCCAUGAAUGGGUUUUGUGUUUUGAAUAACUUACCUAACAUUUUUUUUCCUCUGGCAUAAACAUCGCACCCCUACUUUUCAAACUUUAUUUUAGUAUAAAAUGUGCGACGAUUAUGCGAUAAAACACUGUAUGCACUAAAACAACACCUUAAACAAAAUGCUCUUACUGUCUGGGUGAUGGCAGACGGGAGCAUGUCAUUUUCCUCUCAAAUUACUUAUCACUAAUCAAUUUUCAUGAAUUUUUCCUGACUUUCCAGAAUGUGGACAUCCUGUUGUGUUGCAUAGCAGUAACUGGUUGAAUGCACUAAAAGUAACUUUAUUUAUUAACAUCCUGCACACACGAUAAAUUUGGUUACAAUACAUGAAACACUUUGAGAUAUAUAUUUGUUGGUAAACAUGUACUUAAUCAAUACUUACAUAUUGCAUGUCAAAGGUAAUAUCUAUAUCUGUAUAAGAAUGGUAUCACAUGUCGCUAUGAGCAAACGUGGGUUGAAAACAUUCGUCUCUGCAGUUAAGAAAACUACUUAAAAGGGAUGUUAACAUACAUUUAUAUUGCCCUCUCUGUUCAUGUUCUAUAUAAAGUAAAAUAGUUGCAUACAUUUGCAAAAAGUAUAGAGAUUUUGUUCAAAGUUCUGCAACACUUUUUUCACAUGACUAAUGACUGGGAAUAUGCAUUUAUUGCAUUUGCGAUAAUGCAAUUUUUUUACGUUAAUUUCAGCCAUUUUUCACUUUUUAUAAAAUACUGCAAAAAGACAGUUUAAUAAUUAACUUACAUCAAUUUAAAUGAUAAUGUGGGUUCCAAAAUUGCAUGAAAACAAUGAAAAAUGUUUGCAUAUAUUAUUUUUCUGACUGUUAUUUGGUGUUUAUCCAUCCACAUCAUCACUGUUGUUAAAAAACACAUCACCGGCAAAAUCAAUAAUACUCUUCAGUACUAAACUAUGUGAAUUAAAGCAGCCAGAUGCUACGUAUUUAAGAAUUUUGCUAUGUUUAUAAAUCAUUGCAAAUAGAGUACAUAUUGUUACUGGUAUAUAAAGGAAAGAAACCUUUACUAUUAUUGUGAUGUACAACUUGCUGGUGUUCAUGUAACUUGUGAUCAUGACUCAGCCUUUAAAAGAUGUGAUUAACCCAGGAUGAACGGUUAAGAUAUUAAAGAAAUUUUUAAAAAAAUUAUAUUUUUUAGGAAAAACAGGCUAUUUAUUAAGAAGUGCUUUUUUUAUUCUCUUAGGUAUUUAUAAUCCUGCCAACUUUAGAGGUUAGGUUUUUAUUUUGUUUCUGCACUUAGACAUUUUUGAGGUUAGUUCUAACCUAAAGCAAAGGCUGGACAUGUUCCCUGAAAUACGAUAGAGGUUUUACUUGUACACCAAGCCUCCAGUUACAAGUUAUGUAGUUUUUAACUUAAUAAAAUUAUAAAAGCUUUAAAAUUCAGAAUUUAGUUCCUUCCAACAAUUAUGUCACCUUCUACCAAAUAAAAUUUCCAAAAAAUCAACAUUUUGUAUUCUUUGGCCAAAUGUAGAUUUAUGCCAUUUUUUAUUGUAGUAUAGUAUAUUUAGAUAUAAUUUUGCUCCGUGUGCAUUACUUUAUAAUGCUGGUACGAGUGAUAAGCUGUGUGCUGUUUAAAUUACAUGACUCUAUUAGUAUUUUGAAAAGAAAGAUGUAAAUAUUUGGGUCAAAAUUGACGUAAAUAUGCAAAAUAACUUCGUAAAAUAAUAUCACUUUCAGCUAAAAAUAAUGCCACUUUGUGCCAUAAAAUAAAAACAACCUCAGCGAGCACAUGGCCAUGACAAAAGCAUCAUGGAGUCAGAAACAAAUUGUUCUAGAUGGGUUGUAAGGUCUAUCGCAUAGCAUAGAGCAUUUUUUGUUUGGCAGCAAACGUACAGUCGUGUUUAUAGCCCAGAUGCCGCUCUUUCUUCCGUUAUCAAAUUAGAUGAUGUAGAGCAGCCCAGAUCAAACUAUGCCAAGGAAAACAUGGUAGUGGUGACAAUUUUGUAAACACUACAGUAAAUCAGUUUCAACAUUUCCAACCCAUUCAUGCUUGCACAGUAUUUAACGUUACCUGACUCAAGUAUUUCCCUUGAGAUUUAUUAUGGGAGAUAACUUUUUUUUCUUACAUUUGUUCAUUGAAUAGUGUGAUACUGUCCUUAUCCUCAUUACCACUGCAAACAAAAUUGAAUAAAUUACCAAAUAUUAAUGAAAAUUAUUCUAAUUAUAGUAUGUUGUUCUUUCGUGUAAAUUGUAAAUGCUCUACAAGUAGUGUUAUGGUUGUUUUGUGUUAGCUAAAAUUUCUUAAGUUGACAAAUUGUAACAUUGCUUGUGAAAUGUUAUUUGUAAUGCAGUACUCUUGUCAUGUAAACGUUCACUUUAAUAAAUCAUGAAUUUGCAUUAUCUCGAAAAACUGUAAAUCUCUAUUGUCUGUGUAAUAUGUAUAAUUAAAUCAUACUUUAAAGGUAAGACCCAAUAUAUGCAUUAACUUACACUACAAAACUAGUUCCAAGAAAGUGUAGAAUUGCUCAAAAAAAAGUAUCAUAAUUGUAUAGUGUUUGGCAGCAUAAAAGCAAGCAAGCGUAAUUUUUUUUUGCUUUGGUGACAUUGUUACAAUUGAAAUAAAAGUUGUUUGUAUUUAACUUCCUUUGGUAAGCUAUUUGUCACAUUCAGGUUGAUCUUUUAUUUAAAGAUAUGUAGUUCCAGUCAAGUAUAGUGGAAUUAAUGUAUUAUAGUUGUAUAUGUAUUCAGUGUUGAAUAUUUAUAUAGGUAUAUCAUUUAAGAUUUGGUGUUAUCAUGAAAAAUCAUUUUGUUUAUUAAACAUAUUGUUACCAUACAUUAAAUUAAUUAAAAUUAUCUUUUGAAACAACCUAGGUGCCUGUUAAAUAUUCUGUUUACAACCCCUUAUCCAAAAUUAUAAAAACCUAACCUUUUGUGAUUUGUUGUAGAGGUAACAUUUGUUUUUUAUAUUCUACUUAAACAUAACAUAACCUUUCACUAUUUAUAAUGUAAGGUUAGAUUUUUUUAUGUUUUAUAAUAAAACAGUUGUUAUUUAGCAAGCAAUUCAUAUUCAUCUAUAUCUGUUGAAAUUAAAUUGAUCUGAAUUGUAUAUGACCCCAAGUAAAAGUUAUCCUAUAAAUAGUAUAAGAUGGUAAAAUAUGGUAAUUUAAAUACUUUAUUAUACUGCAAUGAUGGGGGGAAAAAAUGUUUUGUAGUUAUAAAAAUGGCUGUUUCCAAGGAUUUUAAAUGAAAAUGUAAAACAUUAUUUAUAUUUGUUCCUAUCAGUUGUUAUAUAAUUUAAUUAUUACUUAAAAUUUAACCAUUUGAUGGUAGAUAUUAAUAUUAUUUGCAUGCUAUUGAUUGGCUCACCAUAUCCUAAAAAGCUUGUUACAUUCAAGAAAUUUUUUGGUGACCAUUUAUAGUUUUCUUACACUAGUAUUACACUACUAGGGAGUGCUUGUGCAUUUAAAAGUGCUGUCUUAAUAGCUAUUUAUAAACUAUAUAGCAUGCAUAUGUCAUGGAUCCAGGCUUGUGGAAAUCAUACUUAAAUCAAUAUUUUGCAUUCCUUUCUUUGUUGGAGGAAAAAUAAAUGUCUGUACCUGUUACUUUUGCUUUAAGCAUAAUCUGUAGAUGUUUGUCUAUUUGGUUAACUUUGUUAACACUAAAAGCUUUACAUAUAUGAUAUUCAGAAAUACUGUUCUAAUAGUUAACUGUUAAAAUCUUUCACAUUCCAGUUUAUGUAACUAAACAUAGAAAUUUUGUAGCUUAUGAUGCAUGCUGAUCUAAAAUGUAUUUUUUAAAAUACUUCUAUAGUUAAUAUUGUAAAUGACUUGUGAUGUGGAAAAAUACAUAUAUUUUUUUUCCAA